AUGCAGAGAAAUCUUCGCAUAAACUUCGAUGUCAUUUACUCGACAGCAUUUUUUCAAAUUUUACAUGUCGAUGAGUUUUUCUACUUUCUUAAUAUUUUGUUAAUAUUGUUUUUAUUUGCGAUUUCUAAUAUCUAUCUAUCUAUCUAUCUAUCUAUCUAUCUAUCUAUCUAUCUAAAUUCAUAUCUUUCUCUCUCUCUCUCUCUAUCUAUCUAUCUAUCUAUCUAUCUAUCUAUCUAUCUAUCUAUCUAUAGAUCUAAAUCAGUUCAUCUCUCUCUCUCUUUCUUUCUCUCUCUCUCUCUCUCUCUCUCUCUCUCUCUCUCUCUCUCUAUCUAUCUAUCUAUAUUCAUAUCUUUCUCUCUCUCUCUCAGUCUAUCUAUCUAUCUAUCUAUCUAUCUAUCUAUCUAUCUAUCUAUGAUUUCUAUCUAUCUAUCUAUCUAUCUAUCUAUCUAUCUAUCUAUCUAUCUAUCUGUGCCUCUUCUUAUCUAUCUAUCUAUCUAUCUAUCUAUCUAUCUAUCUAUCUAUCUAUCCCAUUCAGUUCAUCUUAUUCCAUCAGCUCUCUCUUCCUCUCAUUAUAAGUGUGUGAGUGUGUCAAAUUUUCCCUAUCUAUCUAUCUAUCUAUCUAUCUAUCUAUCUAUCUAUCUACAAGAUUUGUCUGAAUAUGAUCCAUCCGUGUCUUAUUAA